AUGAGCUCUAUCGGAACCGGUUACGAUCUAUCGGCAUCACAAUUUUCGCCUGAUGGCAGAGUAUUUCAAGUGGAAUACGCUGCUAAGGCCGUAGAAAACUCCGGCACAGUCAUAGGCUUACGAGGAAAGGAUGGUGUAGUUUUUGCAGUCGAAAAACUUGUUUCUUCUAAACUUUAUGAACCAGGUGCAAAUAAGAGGAUUUUCCAUGUAGAUGAACAUGUUGGCAUGGCUGUUGCCGGUCUUAUAUCUGAUGCACGACAAAUCGUAGAGACGGCAAGAUCCGAAGCCUCCAAUUAUAGAUCUCAGUAUGGCGUCCCAGUACCCUUGAAGUAUCUUAAUGAACGCGUGUCAAUGUAUAUGCAUGCAUACACUUUAUACAGUGCUGUACGUCCGUAUGGUUGCUCGGUAAUAAUGGGUACUUGGACAGACUACGAAGGACCCCAAAUGUAUAUGCUAGAACCCAGUGGUGUAUCAUUUUCAUACUUUGGAUGUGCAGUCGGUAAGGCAAAGCAAGCUGCAAAGACGGAAAUCGAAAAACUUAAACUUGCCGACUUAACUGUUAAGGAGUUGGUUAAAGAAGCGGCUAGAAUAAUCUACAUAGUCCACGAUGAAUUAAAGGACAAGCAGUUCGAGUUGGAAUUAUCCUGGGUUUGUAAAGACAGUAAUGGCCGUCAUCAGUUGGUACCAAAGGAUAUGGCUGUCGAAGCUGAGAACCUCGCUAAGCAAGCACUCGCUGACAUUGAAGACUCGGAUGAAGGGGAUAUAUAA